AUUAAUCUAAUCUCAUUUUCGUUUUCAUUUUCAUUUCCAUUUUCAGUCUCAUCAUCUUUAUCUGUUUCAAAUCCUCCUAUUUAUAAUGGCAGUCGAGGAUAUUUUUGUUAAUGGUGCAUCAGGAACACUGAAACACCUGGUUUCUGUUAUUGCUAGUGAGAUCAGUCUUGUUUGGGGUGUCAAGGAUGAGCUGAAAAAGCUUAAAGACACAUUGGAGUUGAUCGAAGCUAAAACAUCUGAUGCAGAGAGGAAGCAGUUAAAUGAUGCUGAAGUUUCACUUUGGUUAAAAAGGCUUAAGGGAGCUGCUUAUGAUGCUGAUGAUGUUCUGGAUGAAUAUUCCUACGAAGCUAUGCGCCGAUCUGAAAAAAACAGUAAGGUAAAAGAUUUCUUUUCAUCCUCCAACCAAGUUAGAUUUCGUUUUAAAAUGGCUCACAAAAUUAAAGCUAUCAAUAAGCAGUUCCACCAAAUUGCAUCUGAUAUGAAAAGGUUUAGUUUUGAUUCGACUAGCUAUGGAACCAGUCGAUAUGAUGACCAAACUAUUGAAAGACGUAAGCGCCUGACUGCUUCAUUCUUUGGAGAUGAUUUAAAAUUUGUAGGAAGAGAGCAUGAUAAGUCAGAGAUAAUAAAGAUGUUAACUACAUCUAUAUCAUCAUCUUCUGUAAAUUCUAAUCAACAAGAAAACGUCUCUGUCAUGUCCAUUGUGGGUAUGGGAGGGCUAGGAAAGACAACUUUGGCUCAAUCCAUAUACAAGUCAGUAGGAGAACACUUCAAAACGACAAUAUGGGUUUGUGUGUCUGAUGAGUUCGAUGUUUACAACAUCUUACUAAACAUUAUGGAGUCGAUUACUAAUUCUAAAUGCCCUGAAUUUUCAAACAUUAAUGUAUUGGUUAACAAAGUUACAGAAGAACUGAAAGAUGAACUUUAUUUGUUGGUACUUGAUGAUCUGUGGAAUGAGGAUUUCAUGGAAUGGAAUAAACUUAAGAGUGUCCUAGAUGUCGGCGCUGUUGGCAGCAAAAUUAUUGUCACAACACGUAAACAACUAGUUGCAUCUGUGGUGCAAGGUACACUUCCUCCGUACAACCUCGACGUAUUAUCAGAAGCUGAGUGUUGGUCAAUUAUCAAGAAGAAAGCUUUUUCUCCAGGUGGAGCAUCUGAGACUGCAAACAUGAAAAAUAUAGGGAAGCAAAUAGCUAAAAAAUGUGGAGGUUUGCCGCUCGCAGCCACCUUUUUCGGUGGUCUUAUGCACUCACAGAAUGAUGAAAGUCAUUGGUUAUCUAUCAGAGACAAUAAAAGCUUAGAAACCCCAAAAUCGCAAGGUAGUGGAAUCAUACCAAUAUUGAAAUUGAGCUAUGAUAAUUUGCCCAUCCAUUUGAAACAGUGUUUCUCGUAUUGUUGUUUAUUUCCCAAAAAUUGGGUGUUUAACAAAGAAACAUUGAUUCGACUGUGGAUGGCGGAAGGCUUCCUUCAGCCAACCCAUCAAAACUCGCUCGAAGAUAUUGGUAAUGAUUAUUUCCUUAGUUUGUUGUCUAACUCUUUCUUUCAAGAUGUGGAAAAAGAUGACUUAGGUGACAUUCAAGCGUUCAAAAUGCAUGAUUUAGUGCAUGAUCUUGCACGAAGCGUCGUUGGCAGCCAUGAAGUCACGAUUCCGAAUGCAAGGGAAAUGCAAAAUGAUGUAUCUCAAAUUCGUCGUCUACAGUUAAUUAUGGAAGGAGAAGUAUCAACAACAGAUUCCAGUGUCUUUAUCAAUGCAAAACAAUUGCGCACGGUAUUUUACCAAGGUGGGUGCUUUUCUUUUUGGAAGUCACGUAGUAACAAGCGUUUACGUGUAAUAUAUCCACUUGGUUAUGGUGGUCAGCGGCAUCUACCUUCUUUUAGUUUUAACUUUAAGCCCGCAAAGACUAGUCUGGAGACUCUAUCUUUCCCUUAUAUCCAUUUGAGGUACCUUGACCUCCGGUUUUCUAGAAUUGAAAAUGUUCAUAUUGCGUCCAUAAGUCGACUCUACAACCUUCAGACUCUCAACCUUGUUAGUACCCAAAAUGUUCACAUGGUUCUCAGCAGAAUUGGUUCGUUGAAAAAGUUACGACAUUUGGAUCUUUCUCAUUCGGAUGUUGAAGUGUUACCGGAUGCUGUAUCUAGGCUCACCAAUUUGCAGAGUUUAAAUACUUCUUCUACGAGAAUCAAAGACUUACCCAAAAAUAUCGUGCAUCUCCAGAACCUGCAGACUAUCAAUAUUUCAGAUACAAAAAUCACAGAAUUACCCGACUCAAUAACUUGCAUCUAUAAUUUAAAGAGGUUGGAAUUCAAGAAGAGCUCGGAAUUAAAAAGAAUGCCUCGCAAGUUUGGAACUUUGAGACAAUUAUUGCCCGAGCCUUUGACUAGUAACCCCGGAAAAUCAGAGUCAGUGAACCCUGAAAAUUUAGUCGAGCCUUGCGAGGAAUUACCUUGCAAGAUUCCCAAAGAUAUUAAGAAUUGGGUGGAAAUGAGAUAUCUGAGAUACUUCGGCGAGACUAGAGGUAUAGAAAUGCUAAGUCGCCUGGAAGUAUUAGAUUCUUACUAUGUCAGGAAACAGGACGACAACAUCGGCAGUGGGAUUGAAGAAUUAGCAAACUUAAAUUCCCUUUGGAAGUUAGAAAUAAGACAUUUGGAAAAUGUGCAAGACAAAGUAGACGCGGAGAGGGCAAAGUUAAAAGACAAGCAAAACAUUCGAGAACUGGGUCUCCACUGGGAAAAAUGGGAAGCACAAGAAGAAUUGGUUGCUAAUAAUCCUAUUAUGGUGUUAGAUGGCCUCCAACCUCACUCUAAUGUAAGAGAACUGAAAAUACAUGGAUUCUCGGACUCAAAGCUUCCGAAGUGGAUGGGUUCAUUUUCUAGUCUUCCAAAUUUAGUGAAACUAAAUUUAUCAAAUUACAGUAGAUGUGAGAAGCUUCCUGCACUUGGAACGCUCGCAUGUCUUAAGGUUCUUUGGAUAAAUGGAAUGAAUUCCGUCAAGUGUUUCGGUGAAGAGUUUUAUUUCCAAGAAGUGGAAGAAGAGGACAGCAAAGGUUCUGCAAAAGCUACUGCAACAACAACAUCGUCAUUCCCGUCGCUGAUUGAGUUGAGAAUUGAAUAUAUGAGAAGUUUAGAAAUGUGGGUGGCCCCUCCACCACCUUACAACUCAUUCCCUGUCCUUGAGAGUCUAUUUAUAACUUGGUGCCGAAGAUUGACAUCUGUACCAGAUUUACAAUUAUGGACUUCUCUCAGGAAGUUAAGUAUCUGCAGAUGCAACAAACUGGAGGAGUCAAUACCGUAUGAUUUCAAGAAAUCCCUCACCUUUCUGGAAGAACUAUAUCUUGAUGAUUUCCUGUGUAGUGAUAGGAAUAAUUUGGUCAAGGAGAUGAACUAAAUUAGCUUGCGCUGCUACAGUUCAUCAGCAAGUCCUAUAUUCACUACAACUACCAACAGGAUUCAACGGGAACUUGAAACAAACCUACUUGCAGUCGAGGAGUGAAGAAACUGGCAGACGGAGUGAAUGUUUUAAGGUUAGGGGUGAGCGUCACUUUUGAGCACGAGCCCAAAUAUUCACAGAGAGCUAUAUCCUCGCAAAGUGGUACCCAUGUCUUAUUUUGCUUGCAAAGUGGGGUUCAACAAUGACGUGAGAAAUAUUCUCCCGGACACAUCUUUUAUCUUUGUUAAUUGAUCUUACCAACUACAAGUCAAGACAGGGUCUUCAAAGUCACUUUCUUCUUUAAAAGUUAGUUUACAUAUCUGUUCCAAUCCAUAUUUGCAAUCUGUAUAGAACUAGAAACAAAGUCAAACUACUCAAAAACUAAAUGGCGGAUCAAGAAAUCCAAAUCCAUCAAACAACAUUACUCAAAGAGAUUACUGUCGAAUUCAAUCCAGAAGCAUGUCCUCAUAAAAUGGAAGCAGAAACAAACGAGAUAACUGUAGUUUACGACGAAAGAGAUGGUUCAGCUUGGAGAUCAAAAGGCGAAUACCAAUACGGUACAUUUGGAGCUAAAAUAAAAUGCCCCAGUGGUGAUACAACUGGUUUGUGUUUCACUUUCGAUCUUUCUUCUACUACACCUACAGAAUUUGAGCCUAUACAUUCGAUAAGCUUUUAUUUUCUAGGUGAUAAUAAGAACAUUAUUCUAACUAGUGCAAAUAGUACCGGGAAUGAAGAUAACGGAGAGCAAAAACAUGGAUUAGGGUUUGAUUAUAGUGAAGGGUUUCAUGAUUAUGAAAUGAAAUGGAGUAAAGAUUUUAUUGAAUGGUCAGUUGAUGGUGAAGUUAUUAGAAGAAAUGAGAGACAAGAGGGAAAAGAGUUUAUUAAGAAACCAAUGUCUUUAAGUGGUUCAGUUUGGGAUGCUAGUAUGGUUAAAGAUGGGGAAUGGGCUGGGGAUUAUGAUGGUGUUGAUGCACCUUAUGUUUGUGUCUGGAAUGAUGUUUGUGUCCCGUUGCUAACUGAAGUGGCUGUGGUGGUGACUCCGGUGGAGGAGGAUCCUGAAGAUGAGGAAUCUGUGAAGGUUGAUUUUAGGAGUUUCUUCUAAUGGCUUAAAGCUGCCCUGGUGUGUGUCCGUUUAAUGUAUAGUUUGAAUUUUCUGCUUGCAUUGUGGUAUUGUUGUUUGUGGUAUGUUUGAUUUUAAUCAUCAUUUGCUGAAGAAUUUCUUGUUUGUUAGUAUUUAUUGGACUUUAAUGCCUUAAACUGGAGAUGUUCAUUACAAA